AUGAAGCAGUUGGCCGUCUCUUCAGCACGUCUUCCUUGUGGAGUGGGAACCGGGACACUACCCCCAAAAUAUAGUGUCUUGGGAGCCCCAGGAGUUCGAAUCCAGGUUCGUUCUCCUGUCUCUGGUCCCACGGUCGUUGCUCAUAGAACAGUGUCUGUGUUGAGUACUCUUGUGAAAGCCAGGAAUGGCUAUUGUUUGGGUGCCAAGAUCGAUGUCGCUGUCCUUUGGGACAAGGCUUCUGUAUCAGGGGUAAAACUUGAUUCCUCCAACAAAGAAAUAAAAUGGGAUGGAACCACAACUGAAAAUGAAGAAGAUUGCACAGUUUGUGCGCAUACACUAUCUAUUCGCCAGGCUGUACUAGGUCCAGAGGCUAGUGAUGACAAUGUUGUUGAAAUAGAAACGACAGGUUUUGAUAAUAAAAAAAUAAGAAUGCCGGUGUGUGUAAUGAAGGCUGGAGGUCCACAUGUUAUAACUUUUGAAGUACUAUUAGAAGAUCAACAAGCAACUUUUCAUCUUGUUCAAGGAUCCGGUCCUAUAUACCUCAGUGGCACCACACCAGAAGAGACCACAGUUAAGAAGAAGGCAAAAAAGUAA